UCAAACUAACAUGGCCUCUCUGUUAACAGACCCGCUGUUUGAAAUUUCGGGAGUUGGCCGUCCUCCCAACAAGAACUUUUAUUAUUUUAGUGUCACCAAGAAAGGGGUAAUAUGGAGAUGGUGGAAGAUUUCUUUGAGAGCUGUGGACAGGUACUCCAGGCCUGGGGAGGUGAAGGAGUCUCACCAAGACUUCCUAGACGACUCCUGGAUGCAGAGUGAGGUCAGUGUUGUGUUUGGACAUCGGAUCUUGCUGUAUACCAAGGCUCUGUGCCAUGGUCACUAUGAUUAUCUGGAUCAUCUGUCUGACUCCUUAUUGCUGCGGAUAAUUAAUUACCUUGAGCUGGAGGAUGUGGAGCAGCUUGGACAAACAUCACAUCGGUUUAGACAGUUAUGUGGGUCGGAGCAGUUUUGGGAACAGGCAGUGCGAAAGUGCUGCAACACAGUUUCAGAUGAAGUGGCCUCCCUGGCUCUGGAGGUGGGCUGGCGCCGCAUCUUUUUUACCAGCAAGCUGCAGCUGCAGAAGCUGAUCAGCCGCAGGAGGCUAAAGACCGAGGAGCAAAGAGGAGCGCAGCAGGUCUGUGACCUAGAAAAUAAUGAAGACAGCUGUCAGGAAGAAAGUGUGGAAAAAAAAGAAGUCCCUAUGUCGGAGAAGGAAUUUCAUCACAGCGUUACCCCUGCGCUCAGCUCUGGCUCUGACACCAGCUCCUACAUUGAUCCUGGCAGUGUCCCUGACUCCGACACCUUCUCUGAUUCCUCUGAAUCUGUGCCUGAACACUUCCUGGAAGACAUGCAGCGCCUUCUGGUGCAAACACCAGCACAGAUGACGGCACAUGAGUAACAGCAGAGGACACAGAGUCGUGACUGCCACAGUCAGGUUUUUUGUUUUAGAAAGUUCAGUGGAACCCAGUCUUCAUGUAGCUCAUUACUAGUUGAAUAUUCCUCAGUCAUUUACCCUUUUUCUCAAAAGUAAAUUCUUACUGCUUUUUAGGGAAAUGUAAUAAAAGGUCAGCAAGGUUCAAAAGAUUCAAUUAAUGAAUCUUUGAACACAGAUCGUAUCUAAUGAACCCCUGAAAUAAUAAUAAUGACAUUAUAAACACAACAUUGCUGGCACUACAAUCAAGUAUUUAUUGAAAACAAAUCAUAUUUUUAACUUCCUCUCAUGAUAUGUAAAAUAUGAAUUUCCUCCAAAAAAGCUAUGAACGAACUUUAUACAUGUACUGCACACUGAGAUAUGACGUUGACAUCAUAAAAUACUUUUCAAUUUCCAGUGUAUAAUAAUCUUUUGUGUUGUUGUUUUGUUCAAAGCAGGUGAAGGUGGUUUCCAGUUGAGUUAGAAUCUGUCUUCAUUUCUCCCAAGAUAUUCAGAAAACACUGCAGAUGGGAAAUAAAGCCACACCAUUUUAGAAGUGUUGAAACAGCACUUAGAGACAAGUGGGAAAAAAACCAAAACACCACUGUGUGGUCAAUUUGAGUAGUAGUAAUAACAACACAGUAAAUCACUUUAAAAAACUACAGUCAGGGCUAAUUGUCUCAGUAAAUUAUGGCCUUCUCUGAAUCAACAGCUGGAUUUUA